GUCUCUUUCGGAUCCAAUCCGUUGUCAGACAAAGUAAAUUGGCGGGCAGUGCUACAUCUGAUGCCGUGAUGGAAUCAGUUAUUACCGACAGAUCGAUGGGGUGAGGCUGGUCGGGAGACAUGCAAGCGACGGCGGAGCCGACCAUGACUCAGUCUACCAUCGUGCGAAAUGCUCAGCGUGCUGAUAUUAAGACCUCGCUAUCAAAGGACACUGCUUCUCCAGCAUACUACUACCAUCACGGACUCCCUCUGCUUCAAACUUCCUAGUGAACGCGAUCUGGCGGUUGGCUAUCUUUGCUUGCUUGAUAAUCACAUAGUACCAUGUCGUCCUUGAGAUUGAGAGAAUCAUGGAGCCAAGAAAAGGAACCGGGUGCGACAUACGCUGAGGUUGUGGUCGAGGACAUGGAAGAUGUUAUUGUCAGGCCAAGAAGAAAGAACACGUCCGGCGGUUGUUGCGGGAGAAGAUGUGGAUUCUUGAUGAAAGUCUUUGGGGUCGUUUGUCUGCUCGGCGCCGUCAUUCUAUUCGCGAAGUCUGGUCUAGAACCUUUCAAAGUUCUGUUUUACAUCGCUAUGAUCUGCUUCAAGGCCGCGUUAUGGGUUUCGAAAGCGUCGUACAAAGCCGCUCGGUGGUAUAUGACGCGUGCCCCCAAUACCGUACCAGAGGGCAUGCCGGAGUACAGUACCGCUCUGGGCUGCUCCAACGUGUCGCGCGUCUACAAAGACUCGCAGACGACGUUCACAAUCCAGACGGAAGGCGUCUUUGGCCAUCUCAUCGAUAUCGAAGGCAGUGCUGUCGGUACCCUCACGAUUGCAAAUGCUGUUCCUGACUCCACCGAAAUCAAAUACGAGGCGACACUCCGCUCCAACGACCUGUCUCUCCUCGAUCUCGUCACCUUCAACGAUCCCAGUCUUUCUGAUAGCAUUGAAGAUCUAGCCACACGGAGCCGGAUGCUGCUGAGGACACCAGUGUUUGACAACUCGACCGGCUCGUGCAUGCGCUACGACAUGACCGCGUACAUCCCUUCGAACGUCUCUUCCCUCGAUAUUCGGGUUCGAGGGGGCGGGGCCAUGCAGCUCAAAUUCGACGAGGAAUCGAACUUUACGAUGGGCGCGCUGUCUGUGAACAUCAACACGACAGACGAGCGGAAUCUGGUUCUUCCACACAAGGGCGUACAUGCUGAUGUCAUGGAUAUCGACAUGGCCCUUGGAUGGCUAGUAGGAGAUAUAGCUAUUCUCAACGAGACGAAGCUCGGUACAGAGGAAGGGAAUAUGACGAUGUUCUUGCACGUCUAUCCCGCAGCAUCCUACGAGGACCCGCCUGCUCCCGCCAAACUGAAUACCUCGUCCGGCACAGAAAAGAGCUCCACCUUCUUCUAUAUGAAUGACACGAGCCAUUCGCGUCGCGCAAUUCACAGCACCCACCGUUCUCACGGGCCCCUACUAUUGAUAUAUGGGGACGUGAAGAUCAACGGCACUGUGAACAUCACCGCAGGCCUCCGAUUUGCGAUUGGAUCGGAAGAAAAUAUGGAUGGACCCGAUCGCUUGGUGGCCCAGUCAGAUGGUCUUGUCUUUGCCACGUAUUAGUUAACUUUCGGUAUUGCAGUAUGUCAUGUUGUGCAAGCUUGCGAGCGUUCCAAGACACCCAGUUGACAUUCGUCUUGUAAAUAAUAUUGAUACUAUGUGUACGUGGUUAUGAGGAUGUCUUUCAAGUAACUAUGUACUGCAAUAAAUCCCAAGAGUUCUUGAUG